UUUCAGUACAAUGACAAAACGAGCUGAUUUACAAGGAAUUCGUGGCUUGGCUAUACUUGUUGUACUGGGUUUCCAUUUUUAUCCGGAUAUUUUUCCGAAUGGCUAUCUUGGAGUUGAUCAAUUCUUCGUACUAUCCGGAUUUCUAAUGUGCAUGUUGCUCAAGCGUGCCGAGACCAAGCCAUUUUUCACAGUGGUAUGCACAUUUUACACGAGGAGGCUGAAAAGGAUCCUGCCACUGUACUUCCUUGUGAUUUUGAUCUCUACAAUUUGUCUCUACAACUUUUUCCCUGAAACUGCAAUUGAGACAAACAAAGAGUCGGCAAACCGAGCAUUGGUUUUCAUGUCAAACCGGCCAAAAACCGAGCAGGAAGACUAUUUCCAAAUGCUUUCUAUCGCCAUUGACAUAUUCACUCAUACCUGGUCACUUUCAGUAGAAGUGCAGUUCUACCUAAUUGUUCCUUUCAUAUUCCUGAUGGCAUCCAAAUCUGAAACACUUCAAUAUCCAACUUAUGGAUUACUAGGUAUCCUCUCGUUCGGCUAUUUUGCCAUAUCACCGACUAACGUGGCAUUCAACAGUGUGCUAGCAAGGAUUUGGCAAUUUUUGAUAGGAAUGGUAGUCUACCUUCUCGGAGCUUCAUCUAAUAAACUCAAAGAUUCAAAAAUAAACGCCACCUCUCUCCGAUCAGAAGUAAAUUACAAGUUACUAGUUGAACACGAAGAAAUCUCAAAGUUCAAUCACUCAAGUUAUUCUAUGACAGCUGCCUAUAUCUUAUUGGCAUCGUUGAUAGCCAUUACAGCUUCUCCAUUUGUACUACCUGCCACCAUUACAAGACUCACUGCUACCGUCGGAACUGGAUUACUGAUGCUUCUCUCUGAGAAUAACUCAGUUUUGUCAAAUAAGCUAUUAACCUACAUUGGAGAUAUUUCAUAUUCACUUUAUCUGGUUCACUGGCCAAUUUAUGCAUACUGGAAGCUCACGUGCGACAGAGAUAAGUUUUUACUAGCUGCAGCUGUGGCUACAUCAAUAAUUCUUUCAAUCAUAAUAUUCGAAACAUUCGAGAAGUGGUAUUUGAAGAUUUCAAAUCUAUCACUCGCGUUGCUCGUCCUACUUUUCCUAGUAUCAAACGUAAUCUUCAUUAAUAAGGAUCAUAUUUUCAAGCCGGUUAACCUAGUCACCAACAAUGUUAUCACUAGCAACAUGACAACAGACGACGCAAUAAGGCUCAACCAUGAAUGGACCGUGACCGAGGCAAAGUUCUUCCAGAACCCGUCUUGCGUCCCCCGUCCUGACAAAGAAUUACUGGAAUGGUGUAGGCAUACACAGGGUUUAUCAAAAACCGGAGGCGGCUACAAAAUGGUAUUUAUUGGAAACAGUUGGGUACCGAAUCACGCAAAACUAAUCAAUCAAGAAUGCGAAGGUAAAGCAAAAAGUAUACUUCAAGGGGCAUCCUAUGGAUGUGAGCCCCUGUACCCCAGUUUGCUGCUCGAGAGGUGUUGGGCAAACUUCCAUGUAUUUGCACAGCGUAUUGAGGAGGAGAAGCCAGAUUAUGCAUUUAUCUUAACACGGCACAUAUCUAUUGGGGAACCAUUUGCUGCAAAUGUAACAAGCUUUGACAAAGAUUUCAUCUACCAAACCAUGAAAGAACAGAUGUUAAAACUCACGAAAAACAUAAAGUACAAGCUCUACAUUUUGGAUGCAAUUCCCCGAACAAAGUACGUCGUGUCCCAGAUAGCGCCGAUGGUUAAAAGUGGAGCAAAUCUCACCGAUAUUGAUAAGCUUCUAGUCGAGACCGAUCUCUACAAAAUGGCGCGGAAGCGACACGCUCAACUAAUCAAGGAUUGCAAUGGGAAAUGUGAGCUUGUGGAUUAUCUACCAGAGUUUUACAAUAAGAAAACCGGCACUUUUCGGUACUUUGAUGAAAAAGGAUUUUCCUACGUGACGGCACACUUGCAUCUAUCGCCAUAUGGAUUGGAGAAGAUCAGACAUUUUUGGACUGAUAUUUGUGGAAGGCUUUGAAGCAAUUUUACUUAAUCUUGCUUUCAUAUUCGUGACCUUCAAAUUAGUAAUAAAUGUGCAGCUUAAA